UGUGCCUGCCCCGGGGAGUGGGUGGGCCCGGCCCGGGGCAGCCCAGCGGAGGCAGAAUGUUCACGUCCAAGUCCAAUUCGGUGUCACCCUCGCCCUCCCUGGAGCAGACGGACUCGGACGCGCUGGACAUCAGCACCAAAGUGCAGCUCUACGGUGUGCUGUGGAAGCGGCCCUUCGGGAGGCCGUCGGCCAAGUGGUCCCGGCGGUUUUUCAUCAUCAAAGAGAGCUUUCUUCUCUACUACUCUGAGAGCGAGAAAAAGAACUUUGAAAGCAAUAAAUACUUCAAUAUACAUCCUAAGGGCGUCAUCCCCCUAGGAGGCUGCCUGGUGGAGGCCAGGGAGGAACCCAGCAUGCCCUAUGCCAUGAAAAUCUCCCACCAGGACUUCCAUGGCAACAUCUUGCUGGCUGCUGAGUCCGAGUUUGAGCAGACCCAGUGGCUGGAGAUGCUACAGGAGUCCGGGAAGGUGACUUGGAAGAAUGCCCAGCUGGGAGAAGCCAUGAUCAAAAGCCUGGAGGCCCAGGGGCUGCAGUUGGCCAAGGAGAAGCAGGAGUAUUUAGACAAGCUGAUGGAGGAGACGGAAGAACUUUGCCUUCAGAGGGAGCAGAGAGAGGAGCUUGAACGCCUGAACCAGGUGCUGGAAGCCGAGAAGCAGCAGUUUGAGGAGGUGGUGCAGGAGCUGAAAAUGGAGCAGGAGCAGAUCAAAAGGGAGCUCGAGCUGACCGCAAGAUGCCUCAAGGGUGUGGAGCAAGAGAAGAAGGAGCUGAGGCACCUCACAGAGUCCCUGCAGCAGACGCUGGAGGAACUCUCCAUAGAGAAGAAGAAAACCCUGGCGAUGCUGGAGGAGAAUGAGAACCAGCUGCAGACACUGGCCAAUCAGAGUGAGCAGCCCCCUCCCAGUGGGGGUCUCCACAGCAACCUGAGGCAGAUAGAGGAGAAGAUGCAGCAGCUCUUGGAAGAGAAGCUCCUGGCUGAGAAGCGGAUGAAGGAGAACGAGGAGCGCUCUCGGGCCCUGGAGGAAGAGCGGGAGUUCUACUCGACCCAGUCCCAGGCCCUGCAGAACUCGCUGCAGGAGCUGACCGCAGAGAAGCAGCAGGCGGAGCGGGAGCUCAAGGCCGAGGUGAAGGUCCGCAUGGACCUGGAGAGGCGUCUGCGGGAGGCAGAGGGGGCCUUGCGGAGCCUGGAACAGGGGCUCAACUCCAAGGUGCGGAACAAAGAGAAGGAGGAGAGGAUGCGGGCUGACGUGAGCCACCUGAAAAGGUUCUUCGAGGAGUGCAUCCGGAACGCGGAGCUGGAGGCCAAGAUGCCGGUCAUCAUGAAGAACUCCGUGUACAUCCACAAGGCGGCCACUCGCCGCAUCAAGAGCUGCCGCUUCCACCGGCGCCGCUCCAGCACCUCCUGGAAUGACAUGAAGCCGUCCCAGUCUUUCAUGACCUCCCAGCUGGAUGCCAACAACAUGGAGGAGCUAAAGGAGGUGGCCAAGAGGCUCAGCCGGGACCAGCGCUUCCGAGAAUCCAUCUACCACAUCAUGGCAAACCAGCCAGGAGCGCCGUCGGUGGCUCCGCGGGGUGGGAAGUGAUGAGGGGGCCUCCCCUGCUUCCCAGGUCUUUGCUCAGCCGCUGGUGGGCGAGGGGGCAGCAGGGGGAGGUCUGACUCUACCCUCUCUGCUCGCCUCUGGGCCGGAGCUCCACCUGCAGCAGCCUCACCCUCAAAGCACAGGGAUGGCCCCUCGCUCUCCCAGACUCUACCCUACCCUCGUGUUUACAUCAGGCCCAGUCAGGCCCCAGCUGGGUCCUGCCUGGUGCUCACCUCGGGCUCACUUGGUGAGGCCAGGGGGGGCCUGGCUGCGCUUGGAGACCUUUUGGCUGGGGAGUGGCGUAGGCCAGGCCCACAGCCCUUUCUUGUGCCCACUACAUCUCUCUGUGAUGCUGUCUCCCUGUCCUUGUGUAUGAAGGCCUCCCCCCUCACCUUGUCACCUGCUUCCCCCUGUAGUUCCUAACCCUGUCUUUGCUUCUAAGGCCCACAGAUAUCCCGCAGCAAAGGCCCUCACUUUUACUACAUUGUGGGGCAGGGAAGAGAGGGGCCUAACACAGUGACUUUUGGGUUUGUGGCAUACCACACUUGCCAUGGUGUCUCCUUUCCUGAGGUUGGGCCCUGACGGAGGGGCUACCCACUCGCUCCCCUCCUCAGGAGAGUUCUCCCACCUGUGGCUUCAGGUGGCUUGGAGGGUGACGUGACCCUGCCCCUUUUCCCUCGCAUUCCUCCUGCUGGGUAUCUAGGGCCCAGGGCCCUGACUGAGAUAUGGGGCCGGCAGUGAUUCUGAGGGCUCUCCUAGAUGACAAGUAGUAAGCUCAGGGGAUGGGAUAAGGUGGCAUUGCUUCCUACUGGUUGGAUAAGGAGGAAGCUGCUUCUGGCUGUGGGGGCCCUGUUGGUCUGUGGGAUCACAGCUGCCUCCCUCUGAGCUGCUCCUGCUUUAGCCACCUUGCGGCCUCCUCUCCCUGCAGAGGCUUUACCCACUGAAGCAAUGUGACCCUGGAAGAUGAAGGGCCUGGACCUGUAUAAGACCAGUAGCCAUUGGCUGGCCCCAUGUCAUUGGGGGUGAAGCUGAACCAUCUUGCUGGUGGUCUGUGAGGGGGCAGCCCUCAGCCACAGACCGACCGCUCUUCUCUCUUCCUAGCCACACUCUCCAAAGCUGCCUGGGUCUGUUGAUCUCUGCCAGAGAAAGGGGGUGUACCUGGGAUCUGGGUGCUCAUGGUCACUGUUGGUAUUAAAGGUGCUGAUCUGCUGCUGCUUGGCAAACGGAGCGAGGAGCCCGGUCUGAGCGGUGCACAGAUGGCUGCCAGGCACGCGCCAGCAGAGGUGCUGCCCCCACCCCCCCAAAUGCGACGGCCUGCCCAGGCCAGGCCGCGGUGCACUGCUCACGGUGCUCACGGCUGCCCAGCAAAGCUAAGGGGGACUCAACUAAAGUCCUGGGUGGACUCUGAUGGCUUUAGCCGGUCUCUGCGGAAGCCGGGUGGGAACAGGGGCAGAGACACUUAGAAUUGAUGCGUCUGAAAAGGGAUGAGUCUAGGGGCGCCUGGGUGGCUCAGUGGGUUAGGCCACUG